GCGUCUCUCUGCGGCGCCGCCUGGGCGUCCUCCCCUGCAACGGUUGACUUAACCUGCUGGCAGGCGAGAGCAUUGCAGUCCUCUGUCCUGUGAGCGGGCGGCAUGUCGACAAGGCCGCAGAAACCCAUGAUCAUGUUGAUCCUCUUUAGCUUCUUGCUCAUGUGCCGGCCGCUGGUGCACGGCAAACAGUUCGUCAAGAUGGACGAGAGGCGCCACAAUGCCUCCUGGGUGGCCCUCCCUCACCUGCCGCAACACCUGCAGCAGCAAGCCGAGCACCAGCCAGUGCCAAGUGCGGUGGAGACGACAACUGCUGAGACAGAGCCGAUGCUGAGAGAGGAGCCACAUGAUUCAGGCGGGGCUGUCACGCAAAUGACAUGCAAUGGCAGCAGAAAGAUCUGUCUGUCUGCUGGUGUAUGGGUCUUCUGUGCAGGGCCGCUCACAGGCCACGAGAAGUGCGACCGUCUGGGCUUCCUUGGCCACACACCCAUUGCAAAGGGCCACAUCCGCACUGCAAACUCAGCCAUCUGACCACCCUGCACUUGUCGCAAGAAGUGUUGAUCAAUCGCAAGCAGGUACUGUACGGCCGUGCCCACAUUCUCUGUGUGUCUGUCGCACCGCGUCUGUUUCAAUGCAGCCGCUGCUGCUGAGGGAAUGUCUGUGCUGGCUGCAUGGUGCCGAAAGGUGUUACAUAUUGGUGGAGGUUCUAGG